UCAGGGCGGCCGGGGCCGCGGGGAGGCGCCGCCUUGCUGAGGGAGCGCGAUGGCGGCCAAGGGCGGGGGGAGCUCCUUCUCCGACCGGCACGCCCGCCUCCUCCUGGCUCAGAUCAACCGGCUGCGGGCCGGGCAGAGCUUCUGCGAUGUGCGGCUGGAGGUGGGCCCGGAGGCGUUCGCCGUGCACCGCCUGGUGCUGGCGGCCAGCAGCCCUUACUUCGCGGCGCUCUUCGCGGGCGGCAUGAAGGAGUCCGGCCGGGAUGUGGUGCGGAUCGCGGGCGUCGAGGCGGGCACCUUCCACACGCUCCUCGACUUCAUCUACACAGGGGUGGUGAGCAUCGGGGAGCACAACGUGCAGGAGCUGAUCGUCGCCGCCGACAUGCUGCAGCUCACCGAGGUGGUGGAGCUUUGCUGCGAGUUCCUGAAGGGGCAGAUCGACCCGCUGAACUGCGUCGGCCUCUUCCAGUUCUCCGAGCAGAUCGCCUGUCACGACUUGAUGGAGUUCACCGAGAGCUACAUCCAGGCGCACUUCCCGGAGGUGCAGAGCGGGGAGGAGUUCCUGGCCCUGACAAAAGAGCAGCUGAUUAAGAUCUUGCGAAGUGAGGACCUCAGCAUCGAGGACGAGUACCAGGUUUUCAUAGCGGCAAUGCAAUGGAUUUUGAAGGAUGUGGGUAAAAGAAAGAAACACGUCGUAGAAGUACUGGAGCCUGUUCGAUUCCCUCUGCUGCCAGCGCAAAGGCUACUAAAAUACAUAGAAAGUAUUCCAGAUUUCAGCCUUCGAGUGGCCCUGCAAACUCUGUUGAAAGAAUAUUGUGAAGUCUGUAAAUCUCCCAAAGAGAACAAGGUCAGCAGUUUUCUGCAAGCUUCUAAAGGUCGUCCCCGGAGGAAAGCCAGGAAGUACCUUUAUGCAGUAGGUGGGUACACGCGACUGCAAGGAGGACGCUGGAGUGACAGUAGAGCCCUCAGCUGUGUGGAGCGAUUUGACACCUUCAGCCACUACUGGACCACAGUGUCCUCCCUCCACCAGGCCCGGAGUGGGCUGGGUGUGGCUGUGGUGGGAGGAAUGGUCUAUGCCAUUGGAGGUGAGGACAACUCAAUGAUUUUUGACUGCACUGAAUGUUAUGAUCCUGUUACUAAGCAGUGGACCACUGUGGCUUCCAUGAACCAUCCCCGCUGUGGACUGGGAGUGUGUACAUGUUAUGGUGCUAUCUAUGCUUUGGGAGGUUGGGUUGGAGCAGAGAUUGGCGACACAAUUGAAAGAUUUGAUCCUGAAGAAAAUAGUUGGGAUGUGGUGGGAAGCAUGGUUGUGCCCCGUUACUGCUUUGGGUGUUGUGAAAUGCAAGGUUUGAUUUAUGUUGUUGGUGGUAUCAGCAAUGAAGGAGUAGAGCUAUGUUCUGUUGAAGUCUACGACCCAAUAUCUAAACGUUGGUCUGAGCUUGCUCCAAUGGGCACCCGAAGAGCAUAUCUUGGUGUAGCUGCUCUCAACGAUUCUAUCUAUGCUGUGGGAGGCUGGAAUGAAUCUCAGGAUGCACUUGCUACUGUAGAAAGAUACUCCUUUGAAGAGGAGAAGUGGGUUGAAGUUGCAUCAAUGAAGAUACCAAGAGCUGGUGUCUGUGUUGUGGCUGCAAAUGGAUUUCUUUAUGCCUCGGGAGGCCGAGCUCCCAGUCAUGAUUUUGCUGCUCCAGUAACCUCUGACUCUGUUGAAGUUUAUAACCCUCAUAUGGACAGUUGGACUGAAAUUGCCAACAUGAUCACCAGCCGCUGUGAAGGAGGUGUAGCUGUGCUGUAAAACACAAAGAAGAAAAUUCAUUCAAGGAAUGAGUGAAUCUGUCUCAGGUUUCUGGUUUCAUUGGCCAGAAGCCUGUUCUAACACAGGAGCUUCAGCAGAGACAGUGGAGAAUUAGAUUAGAGGGCUUUUCCUAAGCAAAAGGAAAUAUUAAAAUUCUUGCCCUUCAAAUUGGCUAAUCCAGUGUCUGUCUGAGGAAGUAUUCUGUUAAGAGUAGGAAUGCCCCUUAUGACUGGAUUAAGUUCACUGAAAUAAACGGCAGAUUCACCCUGUAAAAAUCUGAAAAAAUCAUUCCAGAAAGCACGAUAGACACUAAUCAGGUUGUUAAUUCUUUAAGAUGCAUCAAAGUUAGCAUCUUUAGCUGGCCUUACAAUGUGGAAGGAGGUUACUUACAGACAGCUAGGAGUUGCCUGCAGAUAAGAGCAGAUAGGCUACCUGUUUAGCGUUAGCUGUUAUUUUCUAGCAGAAAACAAUGAAGAUAACAGGUGGGGAAGACUUGGUACCUCUACUUCUGCCUUUGAUGCAUUUGAGCCGCUUCUCUGCUGCUGGACAUGAUGGGCAUUAAAUAUGAACUGGUUAUUUACUUUCUGGCCAUUCCAUUAACUUGAAUGGUCAGUGGCUGAGAAUUUCCUGUUCUGGAAGGUUAUUCUCACAGUUCUAAUAAUGUCAUUCCACAUCAGCACAGGCUUUUCUUCUCAGUGGCAUCAGUGAUGACAGUAGAGCUCCUUUUUGUGUAAGCUCUGAUUAAUUUUAAAUGGAAAUGCUAUUCGUUAGAUUAGCUGUUCUAUUUAGAACUGCUCUUAGUAUAAAAAUAAAGGGAAAGCCUUUUGCCCUUUUUUUAUUCUUUUUCCUUAGUUAAAUGUGUUUUAUUCUGUGUUACACAUGCUGAGGCUUGGCAUUGGAAUACAUGCUGUUCUACAAGGUACACACGUUCAUUCUUGCUACAGCUCGUCUCCUGUCUCUUCCAAAUUUGCACAGACAGAGCAUUUUGAUAGAAUUAGCUGCAUUCAGCAUUAAAGUGAUGCCAUUGGUGUGUUUUGUCUUGAGGAGUUUGUAUUUAGCUUGGAUACACUUAGUAGAACAAUACUACUAGGAAUUUGGAGUUAUUUCUAGAUUCAUUUAAUUAAUGUACUUGAAGUUGCUUUUUGCACAGUAUGAUUGCAUUUUCUACACAGCUGUGGAUGAUUUGGAUGAAGUCUGAAAUAAGGCUGUUUGAUAGACAGUGUUAUUCUAGAAUGCAAAACCACAACUGGAAUGUCACAAAACAGGAAGCCUGCACUGUUUAGACAAAGGAGCAUUUAUGCUGUCUAGGUCAAUAUCCCUUGUGUAAAAUUAAUACACGAAUAAAAUUCUCAAAGUUGAGUGUUGCAGGUACCUUAAGAAUCUAGCUCUUACAUUCUAACAUAGGGUUGGGAAAUUGCCAAGCAAAAACAUGCUAGACAAUGGAGCAUUUGUUUCUCUGGUUGUUCUAUAAUCUUGUGUGUGCUUUUACUUCAAAAGGAUUUCUUAUGUGUGAACUAAUGUUUAUUCUGUCUUUUUUUCUUCAAGUUUAAUCUUGUUUUAAACAGUUUUUCAUAAUAAAAUGCA